CAUGGCAACAUCAAACUCAAUAUGACUGACUUCUUCAACAUUUCAAUAUAUAUUACUUUUUUUCAUUAAUUAUCUUACUUAAACCUUUCUAAUCUUCCAUUAGUUGGGACGGAUAUCACAAAACCAUGGAGCACGAUCUCGACAAGUUCCCUUUACUCUCUUACGUCCUACACCAAUAUGAUUCCAACCACCACGCGCCGCCGUCUACGGCUGUCCAACAAACUCUCGCCCCUUCUUUUCCACUUCUCUCCGACCCACAAAUCAUGUCUUCGUUGACUCAGUCCAUCCCCACCACCAUCACGCAGACGCUUACCGUCUUGGCCUCUCUCGGACCACGACCAGACCCGUCGGCUGUUUCCUCUGCUCGCUCUAAGAUCGCUCAGAUCCUUCAGAUGGACUCUCUCUCACCGGAGGAAGCGGCCAAGGAGGCGGAGAUAUACGCCGGGGCUGUGCGGUUGGAGGAGGUGUAUGAUAGCUACGAGAAGGAGCUGAAUGACUUGGAGGAGAAGCUUUCAAGGGUUUAUGCCACGGAGGUGGAGUCUCUAUUGAGAAGCCGCGAAGAAAUGAACGUGGAGGUUGUUAAGGUUCUCAAGGCGGCGGAGUCCGGCAAAGUCCUUGAGAGGGUUGAUCUCUCUGGCCAAGAACUUAAGCUGCUCCCUGAAGCUAUUUGCAAGAUUGUUGGUUUAGUUUCCUUGAAUAUCUCUGGCAACAACUUGAUGUUUAUACCUGACGCAUUCUCGAAACUGAAGAAGCUACAAGAGCUUGAUGUAUCUUCAAACUCUCUUGAAUCUCUUCCUGAUUCUAUAGGCAUGUUGCUUAACCUUAGGAUCCUCAAUGUGUCUGCCAACAAUCUAACUUCACUCCCUGAAAGCAUCGCGCAUUGCAGGUCACUGGUUGAGUUAGAUGCAAGUUACAACAACUUGACAUCAUUACCUACAAACAUCGGAUACGGAUUACAGAAUCUGGAGAGGUUAUCGAUCCAGCUUAACAAACUCCGUUACUUUCCAGGUUCCAUAAGUGAAAUGAUUUCCUUAAAGUAUCUUGACGCACACAUGAACGAGAUCCAUGGGCUUCCAAGUUCCAUGGGGAGACUAAAGAAACUCGAGGUUCUAAACCUAAGCAGCAACUUCAACAACUUGAUGUGUGUUCCCGACGCUAUCACCGAUUUAAUUAACCUGAGGGAGCUUGAUCUAAGCAACAACCAAAUCCAAGCGAUACCGGACUCGUUUUAUAUGCUGAAGAAGCUAAAGAAACUGAACUUGGACCUUAACCCGCUAGAGAUCCCGUCUCAGGAAGUGGCUAAACAAGGAGCUGAAGCGGUUAGAGAGUUUAUGAGGAAGAGAUGGGAUAUGAUUAUGGGGGAGGAGCAACAGAGGAUUGGUGUUGAGGCUGAGCGACAUGGAGAUGGAACAGGGUGGGUCUCAUGGGGAACCUCCAUGGUUACUAAUCUUGUUUCUGGGGUGUCUCAGACCGUUGGAUUCGGUGGAGGACCUGGUGAUGGUGGAGAUAAGAAACCUGGAGAAUCGCAUUUUUAUUACCAAAUCUAAGUUCUACUUGAGUUUUGUUUUGAAUAAUUUUGGGUGAAUUCUUGUUAAGAAAUCAUCAUUACGGUCUUGGCAACUUUGUAACAUAAGAAACUGUUAUUUUUAAAUUAUAAUUUUUUCUCAA